AUGGAGAGGAAGCCGGCAAAGAUCUGUCGGGCCUGCGAGCCAUGUCGCCGCCGAAAGGUCCGCUGCAACGGCGGCACCCCCUGCCAGCAUCCAGGUUGCCAGAGCAAUCCUGUUGAGUGCCGCUAUCGAAUCAAGGCACGCAACAGAAUCUCGCUAAAACGCAGCGCAGAGCCCAGCAAAGAAGCGUCCGGACUUCCAGCUGUCCCGCCUAGUUCCUCUCUGGCCACGGCUAUUGAAGAUGCGCCAAAUUUGCUGCCUGUCGACGACGGCCAACUGCAGACACGGAAUGGACUUUGCACUUUGCCAUCGGCUCCUUCUGAUGUUGCCGUGCCGUGUCCGAUGAGCCCAGAGCAGAGCGUCUAUGACAGUAUCACUGCAACGCACCACGCGCCCACUGCUACCGACAGCUCGCAGCUCUUUUACGGGCCUUCCUCCAACUUCGCCUUCCUUCACCAGGUGCAUCGUGGCACGCUCCAAAAUGUGCCGGUGACGGACCUCUUUCGGCGCCGGGACGUGCAGGAGGGUGGGCCCGGGUUGGACAUGUUCAUGCAGCGGACCCUGUUCUUCGGAACGCCAUCUCGCGUUAGUGCCGAUGUCAUAUGGCCAGCCUCAUGUCUGCAGCAAAUUCCACGGGACGUUGCAAAGGUGUACCUGGGCCAUUUCAAGACCGUCUAUCUUGCCCGCUUUCCCUUCUUCACGCCUUCGGAGCUUGACUUGCUCUUCGAUGACUUUUACACCGUCGAACACGACUCAGAAAAGAGCAUGCUACUGCCACAGACAAAAGCCGGUAUUUUGGCUGCGCUGGCAUUAGGCGCCCUCUGCACUCCUCAGACCAACACGGCUGAGACCCUCCUCAUGCAGUCCAAGUCACAGGUCAUGAUGUAUGACGACGCAGUGACCCUGCAGAUGCUGCAACUGUCACUGCUGUCAUCCGAGUAUCAGCUGCAAAUGGGUCGUUUAAAUUCAGCUUACCUACAUCUCGGUGCGGCGUGCCGAAAAGCGUUUGCCCUAGGCUUGCACAAGGAGACGAAUGCUACGAGCGACAGCCAAGAUGCCCUGCGGCGCCAGCGAGCCACUAUCUGGACCCUGUACUGUCAUGAGACCCUCUCCCAGCUUUCAGUGAUUGCCGAGAACGCAGCUGAGACAAUUUACGGUUGCCGAUCAGUGUCACUGCUGCAAUUGUACGAGAAAUCUGAGAAGGUACAUGUGCAGCUACGUCAGUUCGCGGAGCAGUUUGGUAUCGCUUCGGCCACUACGGGCCACAACAAAAGUAUAUUUGACGAUGCUUCAUCUAUACUUUUGCACAACUUGACGCUCGCGUUUCGGCCGUUUCUUGUCGCGGAUUCGGCACUGCGCUCAUCCGAGAUGGUCCCGCAUGACGACGAGAUGUGGCUGCGUCAUGCCUGCAGAUCCGCUGUCAGUGCUGCUCAAGACUCGAUUGCUUUUACCAGCAGCAUGUUCAGGAAGCCCAAUGCAGUUGCACCAGUACGCUCAACGUUACAAAACUUACAGCACAAUCUCUGA